AUGAUGUGGACAGUCUGCGGCCUGGUGCUUGUCAGCUCCCUUUUUGUACUCCAAAGCGAAGCCCUGCAGUGUUACACCUGUGUAGGGUCCAACGACGAGGAGUGUAACAGAGAAGGGACUCAGCAGUGCCCGGGGCGCACAGACGAGUGUGCCAUCAUCAGAGGACAAGCAAGUGGUGUCACAAAGUCCUGCGUGUCCCGAUCCUUCUGCGACCGGGCGAGGAGGGAUGGGUCCAGGGCACGUGGGCUCAGCGUCUCCUGCUGCUCCUCAAACAACUGCAAUGAAAGAGGCCUGGCCUCCAGGCUCACCACCUCCACGGGCUACAUUGCUCUCCUCACCUUCACCUUGCUGUGUCACCCGCUGCUGAAGCUGACAUGA